AUGGAGCCACGCGCGCGAGCCGGCAAGAAUGUCGGCAAGAUGAAUUUCAGCUAUCAAGAGCUGACCCAGUUUCUCAUCGCACACGGCGACUCUCGACAGCCCUUGCAGGAGACGAUGCGCGUCCUCGACGAGGUCCUCACUGAGUUCAUCCAGGGCGUGUCCUUUGAGGCCUCGCGCGUGGCACAGCUCGCAGGCCGGCAGAAGGUGAAAUACGAGGAUUUCCAAUUCGCCAUGCGCAAGAGUCCUGUGUUCUUGGGCAAGGCCGCCGAGAACAAGGAGUUGCGGGAAGCCCUCGAGAAACAGCGCAAGAUGUUCGACGAGGACGAAUAUGUCAAGGAU